AUGGAAAUCAUAUCAGAUAGAUUAGAAAUGCACAAAAACAUUGGAAUCCAGCGUGACAAUUGGAACCAUCUUCUACUGUCAUCGAUCAACAUGAUGACACUUUCUGCUGCAUCAAUGAUUGGUCUUGCAUCAGUUUCAUCAAGUGGAGUCGAAUCACCUCUUUUAGCAUUGAAAGUUUCUUCCACAAUUCUUUACAUGGCUUCCACUGGUUUGCUUCUGUUGAUGAACAAAGUUCAGCCAUCACAACUUUCAGAAGAACAGAGAAAUGCUGUUAGAUUCUUUAAGCAGCUUCAAGGAGAAUUCAAAACAAGGCUUGUUCUUGGGAAUGUUACUGAAUUUGAUGUUGAUGAAGCAAUGGAGAAAGUUUUGGCAUUGGAUAAAGCUUUUCCUCUUCCUUUGUUAGGAUCAAUGAUUGAGAAGUUCCCUCAAAAUGUUAAACCAGCUAUAUGGUGGCCACAAAGGAAGCAAAAAUAUAAAGGGCAAAAUGGGAAAUUGAAAAAUAAUAAUGGAUGGGAUUUAAGGUUGGAAGAGGAAAUGAAAAAGAUUGUGAUGGUUUUGAAAAAGAAGGAUAUGGGAAAAAAAUUGAAGUUGAGUGAAUUUUUUUUGAAGUUGAAUAAAAUAUUAGCAGUUUCUGGUCCAAUACUAACUUGUCUUGCAGCAGUUGGUUCUGUUUUUUUGGGCUCUGUUAAUUCAACUUGGCCUGUGAUGCUUGCAAUUAUUUGUGGAGGUUUGGCAAGUGUUGUUAAUACUAUAGAACAUGGUGGACAAGUUGGGAUGGUGUUUGAGUUUUAUAGGGGAGCUAGUGGUUUCUUUCAGCUCAUGGAAGAGACUAUAGAGGUAAAUUUAAAUGAAGAUGAUUUUCUUAAAAGAGAAAAUGGUGAGUUGUUUGAAAUUAAACUUGCUUUACAAUUAGGUAGGAGUGUCUCAGAACUAAGGCAAUUUUCUGACUUGUUACCUUCCUUAGAUGAUGAUGAUGAUGAUGCUUGUGAAGAGUUUGCUAGCAAGCUUUUCUAG